AAACCCUCACAAAACUACGUAACUAACAACUAACAAUGGCCUCCAAAUCCGUCGUCGUUUUCCUCUUCCUCGCUCUCGUGGCCUCCUCCGUCGUUGCCCAAGCUCCGGGACCAGCUCCAACCAUAUCUCCCCUUCCCGCCACUCCUCCACCGUCUCAAUCUCCUAGAGCCACCGCACCAGCACCUUCACCAUCAGCCAAUCCUCCUUCCUCAGCUCCUACCACCGCUCCUCCGGUUAGGCAGCCGCCGACUGAAUCUCCACCAGCUCCUCCUACGUCUGCUUCCCCUGCAGGAUCUCCUGGCACAACUGUUCCCUCUGGUGAAGCUGGACCUGCUCAGUCUCCCCCAAGUGGCUCUCCAAACGCCGCUUCAGUGAGCAGAGUCUCCAUCGUCGGAACUUUCGCCGGAGUUGCCGUGAUCGCCGCUUUUUUUCUGUAGAUGCUUUUGACCCAUUGAAUAGAUCUCACUGGGAAUUAUUUUUGGGUUCAUUCUUUGUCCUUUUGUUUCUUUUUCAUUAAUUAUGUAAUUUAUAGUGUUUUAGAGAUUCCAUUUCUGAUUCUCUCUAGUUUAUAUGAUGCUUAUUAUCGUUACUGUUGGUGUUAUAUUUGUUACAAGUUCUUAUAAUUUCCUUGAUUAUUAGCAUUCUUGAAUAAUUCGUGGUUAAUUGA